AGAUGCUAGCUUUGCUCAUGAGAGAGUUGUUUCUGCUUAACUGUGUUUGUUUUAUGUGACUUGUCCUCUGAAAAUGCGCGGGCGGGCGGAGGAAACGGUAAAACCUCCACAUUUUUUAUUUGUUUUUUUGCUGCAAUAAGAUGAUUUUGAUAGAGGAAAGAUGAUGAUGUUUUUUUGGACUUUGUGUGAUGAUUUCGGUUGGUGGGUUUUUUUGCUAGUGGAAGGUGCUUAUUGUUAAGGCCAAAGGUUGGCUUCUAAGACAAGGCUUAAUCAUUUAAAAGAAGCUCAAAGGGGCCAACCCAAAUCUUUUUCUGUUCUCUCUCUCUAUCUCUCUAUCUCUCUCUGUGUGCCUGCAAGUAUUUUUUGAAGACAGUUGAAAAAACCCGACUCACCAAAUCAAGCUUUCAAAGCAAAACUUGUUCUGAAUUGGUGGGAACAUGUACAUGCGCAUGUACAUACAUGCAUGCAUGCUGUCAAGGACUCAUUAAAUAAAAAUCUUAAAGUGGUGUAGUUGGUAGAGUGGAAGGAAUUGAAUUGAAGGGUGUGUCUGUGUGGAGGGUAGUCUUUGGAAGUGCUUUUUUGACCAUCUGGGGUAAAUAGAAAUGUGCUUUUUUUGACCUCUGCUUACUAGCUGAUCAGCCUCGCAGAGGCACCAGUUUUCUUGAUUUGCUUGCUCCUUCACCACCAUGGCAACCAUGCGGUUGCUGCUCUUUCUGGCUUUCUGCUCUGCUGGGAUUCAUAUGAUCUUUUCUGAAACAGACCCCGGUGAUGCUGCUGUUUUCAUAUCCUUGAAGGGGGCAUGGACGAAUCUUCCACCCAGCUGGAAGUCAAAUGAUCCCUGUGGAAUGAGCUGGGAAGGAGUCACCUGCAACAAUUCGAGGGUGACCGCAUUGGGAUUAUCAGCAAUGGACUUGAAAGGACAUAUUGAAGGCGAUAUCGGGGGACUCUCUGAAUUAAGAUCCUUGGACCUUUCAUUCAACAAAGGCCUCACGGGUUCUCUGUCUCCACGAUUAGGAGAUCUGAGCAAGUUAAAUAUCCUGAUCCUAGCUGGCUGCGGCUUCAGUGGCAAUAUUCCAGAUGAAUUGGGCAAUCUUGGAGAGCUAACUUUCUUGGCUCUGAAUACGAAUAACUUUACUGGUAAAAUACCUCCUUCUUUGGGUAAACUCUCCAAACUUUUCUGGUUGGACCUGGCAGACAAUCAGUUGACUGGAACUCUACCAAUUUCAACCCCCGUUACCUCGGGCUUAGACAAACUAUUGAAGGCUAAACAUUUCCAUUUCAACAAGAACCAGCUUUCAGGUACCAUUCCACCCAGACUUUUCAGCUCUGAGAUGAUACUGAUACACAUUUUGUUUGAUGAUAAUCAAUUUACUGGGGAUAUUCCAUCAACCAUAGCACUCGUUCAGACUCUUGAGGUUCUUCGGCUUGAUAGAAAUGAUCUGACAGGAAAUGUCCCCUCAAAUAUCAGCAACCUAACAAAUGUCAAUGAACUAAAUUUGGCCCACAACAAUUUGUCAGGCCCUCUACCGGACUUAACUGGAAUGAUUUCCCUCAAUUAUGUAGACCUGAGUAACAACUCAUUUGACCCAUCAGAAGCUCCACUUUGGUUCUCGAACUUACCCUCAAUCACCACUAUCGUUUUAGAAUUUGGAGCACUUGAAGGGACUGUGCCAGAAAAGAUGUUCGGCAUCGCAUCAUUGCAGCAAGUGAAACUGAAAAACAAUGCGUUUAACGAUACAUUGAACUUGGGUGAUAGCAUCAGUCCACAACUGCAGCUUGUUGAUCUGCAGAACAAUCAGAUUCCUAAAAUAACUCUGGGUUAUGAAUACAAACAUACAUUAAUACUUGUAGGGAACCCAGUUUGCACCAAUGGAACUAGCUCAAAUUCAUUCUGUCAGCUUCCGCAACAAGAUACAGAAACGUAUACUACUAGCUCAAAUUGUGCACGCAUUACAUGCCCCGAUAAUCAGAAGCUCAGCCCUCAGAGUUGUCAAUGUGCAUAUCCUUUUGAAGGAACAUUGUAUUUCAGAGCACCCUCUUUCAGGGAAUUGUCAAAUGUGAAUACGUUUCACUCACUAGAAAUGAGUCUAUGGGAUAAACUUGGCCUCACUCCUGGUUCCGUUUCUCUUGAAAACCCUUUCUUUGACAUUAAUGACUAUCUUCAAAUUCAUCUGGCACUCUUUCCACCUACAGGAAUAUAUUUUAAUAGGUCAGAGAUUAUAAGGAUUGGUUUUGAUUUGAGCAACCAAACUUACAAGCCACCGGAGGAGUUUGGACCCUAUUAUUUUAUUCCAGCUCCUUAUACUUUCCCAGGUGGGAAUAAGAGUUCUAUGGGCACUGGUGUUAUUAUUGGGAUAUCAGUUAGUUGCGUAGUUCUUGUAAUGGGCCUCGUGGUAGUAGGAAUAUAUGCCAUCAGGCAAAAGAAACGUGCAGAAAGAGCCAUUGGAUUAAGCCGACCUUUUGCUUCUUGGGCACCAAGCGGAAAAGAUAGUGGUGGUGCACCACAGUUAAAGGGAGCAAGAUGGUUUUCUUAUGAUGAACUUAAGAAGUGCACAAAUAAUUUCUCUGACAGUAAUGAGAUAGGAUCUGGCGGAUAUGGGAAGGUUUACAGGGGAAUGAUUUCUGAUGGACAAGUGGUGGCCAUCAAAAGAGCUCAGCAAGGAUCAAUGCAGGGUGGCCUUGAGUUCAAGACUGAAAUCGAGUUGCUCUCGCGAGUUCAUCACAAAAAUGUUGUUGGCCUUUUGGGAUUUUGUUUUGAACAAGGAGAACAGAUGCUGGUUUAUGAGUUUAUGCCUAAUGGAACACUCAGGGAAAGCUUGUCAGGGAGAUCUGGUAUUCAUCUUGAUUGGAAGAGGAGACUCCGCAUCACUCUUGGCUCGGCAAGAGGACUAGCUUACCUACAUGAGCUUGCAAAUCCUCCUAUAAUUCACAGAGAUGUCAAGUCCACCAACAUUCUAUUAGACGAACAUUUAACCGCCAAGGUUGCAGAUUUUGGCUUGUCCAAGCUGGUAGCUGACGGUGGAAAAGGGCAUGUCUCAACUCAGGUCAAAGGCACACUGGGAUAUCUUGAUCCUGAAUACUACAUGACUCAACAGUUAACUGAGAAGAGUGAUGUAUACAGCUUUGGAGUGGUGAUGCUUGAAUUGAUAACGGCUAGGCAGCCUAUUGAGAAGGGAAAAUACAUCGUCCGUGAGGUACGAUUGAUGAUGGACAAGAAUGAUGAAGAACACUAUGGUUUGAGGGAGUUAAUGGAUCGAAGCAUUCGAAACUCUGGAACCCUUAUUGGGUUUGGGAGAUUCCUGGAGCUGGCCCUGCAAUGCGUUGAAGAAUCAGCUGCAGACCGCCCCACAAUGAGUGAGCUUGUGAAGGCUAUUGAAACCAUUCUGCAGAAUGAUGGCAUGAACACAAACUCAACAUCCGCAUCUUCAUCAGCCACAGAAUUUGCAGCAUCAAAAGGAGCUCCUAAGCAUCCAUACAACGAUGGCUUGCCGAAAAAGGAAGUGAAUGACAGCACUGGUGCCUUUGAUUACAGUGGUGGAUACGCAGUUUCGGCGAAGAUUGAACCCAAGUAGUAGCAAAGGCCUGCAGCAGAGUUAAUUUCUUCUUUUGUAAUUGUACCUUCUCUUCUCUAUCCAUAUAUGUAAGUAGAUACAGGAAAAGAAUAUAUAGUGGUCUGUCAUUUCAAUUGCCAAAUAGAAAUUUAGUGUGUUAUGUUACAAUGUUCCUAUGGGCUUCAAACUCGAAUGCUACAAAGUUUUUCUUAUUUUUAAUUUUAUUUUUUGGAUUGGGUGCAAGGAAGUUCUAGUAAGACCUAAAAGAAGGCAUCGAAAUUUUACUACUUUGAGUUUUGUACCAUGAUCA